AUGUCAGAUCUCCUCCAGAUAGAGGAUCUCAAGAGACACGCGCAGAGCGAGAUGCACAUCGAGGCCUUGAGACGAGGACCGCAUGCAGCGGCGGCAGCCGACUCAUCUGGCAUGGGCGUUCCCGAUCAAGGAACGCCCACGGCAGCACAAAUCCGGUUGGCGGUCGAAUGUCUUCGCAGAGCUCGUUCUGGCCAAACCGUCGAAUACCAGGCCAAGGCCGAGUUGGCCGGCAGGGCGGACUCCAGAAACUUUCCCUUGGCCAGAAGCAACGGCACGGAGUUCAGUCGCAUCAUGGCAGCGGCGGCGAGUGUCUUGAGGGACGAAGACCGGAGCCUGAUGAGAAACGUGGUCGCCGCAGCUAUCUCCGAGGACGUCAGCAAGGAUUACCUUGGCAUGCGAAUUGUGCUUGUGGACAAAACGUUCAGACAGCAUGUUCGAUGCCUGGAGUAUCGCAGCGUGUGUGGCAAGAAGGCAACUACGCUGGACAAAGUCGGGCAGAUCCAGGAAGCCUUGCAGCGUUUCUGCCCAGAGGAAGCUGACAGAGCAAAGCUGCAAAAGGUUGUGAAGGUCUUCGCUGCCGACGGCGAAAAAGCCGAGUCUUGGGCAGGAAGGGUGGCCAAAGUGAAGGAAGUGCUUCCGAACCUUCAGGCCACCACUCGGUGCUGUAUGCACUCGGCCCAAAGGGCGAUGGAGUCGGCUGUGAAAUCGGAUCCUCGAUGUGAACAUCUUCUCAAUGAGGUGGUGCUGAAAUAUUCCAAGCCGGGCGACAACAAGCAGCCGGGAUCUCUCGCUAGGGCGCUGGCGAGUUCUUCGAAACUUGCUGGAAAAUUCAAGCGCCACACUGCGGCCUUCAACAGCAUCGACGAGCUCAUGGGCAAAGCUUCCGAGGCCCCGCACUUCGCUGCCCAGCGCUUUGACAGCAUCUACGAGAUCUGGAGAAGCUUCUCACAAACUUGGACGCGACUAUCCAGCUGCUCAUCGAGCUGGCAGCCACCCAAUGCGAUCAGGCCGGCUGGGCGACGCAGCUUCUGA